CGGCGGAAGGAGCGCGGCCCCUGCCCUGUCCGCCCUCCGCGCCAUGGCUCUCGCGGCGACCGUGCCCGGGCUGCUCCGCGCUGGUCUCUGGCCCAGGCCGCUGCGGCCGCAUGUGCUCCAGAGCGCGACCCCGGGGCGGGCCCGGCCGGGCGGCAGGACACUGACAACCGCCGCGACGCCCGCCGUCAGCGAGCCCGAGGGCAGCACCGAUGUCAGCGACAAGAUCCUCAGUGAGCCCCUCAAGCACUCCGACUUCUUCAAUGUCAAGGAGUUGUUUUCCGUGAGAAGUCUGUUCGAUGCCCGCGUGCACCUGGGCCACAAAGCAGGCUGUCGGCACAGGUUCAUGGAGCCCUACAUUUUCGGGAGCCGCCUCGGCCAGGACAUCAUCGACCUGGAACAGACGGCCACGCACCUACAGCUGGCGUUGAACUUCACAGCCCACGUGGCCUAUCGUGGGGGCAUCAUCUUGUUCGUGAGCCGGAGCCGGCAGUUCUCACACCUGAUCGAGACCACGGCCCGGAGCUGCGGCGAGUACGCUCACACCCGCUAUUUCAAGGGCGGCCUGCUGACCAACGCGCCGCUCCUCCUGGGCCCCAUGGUUCGCCUGCCGGACCUCAUCAUCUUCCUGCACACGCUCAACAACGUCUUUGAGCCCCACGUGGCUGUGAGAGACGCGGCCAAGAUGCACAUCCCCACGGUGGGCGUCGUGGACACCAACUGCAACCCCUGUCUCAUCACCUACCCCGUCCCCGGCAACGAUGACUCGCCCCCGUCCGUCCGGCUCUUCUGCAGGCUCUUCCAGACCGCCAUCAACCGGGCCAAGCAGAAGCGGAGGCAGGUGGAGGCCCUGUAUCGACUGCAGGGCCCGGAGAGGCCAGGGGAGGGGGGCCGGGGGCCGGCUGCCCCUCCUUCCCUGGGAGCCUAGGCCGGGCUGGACGUGGGUCCCUCCCGGGGACGCACCCCCUCCCCUCCUGGAGGAGAGCGGCCGCCAAGCCUGCCCUCUAAGCCGGGAGCCCCUCCCCUUCCCUGGCUGUGGUCUUUAGCAGGGUCCCCGUUGCUCUAGGCAUCGAUUGGGCCCCUGCUGAUGGUAACCAUCUCGGCAGCUGCCCCCCCCCCCCCCCCGCCGGGCCCCAUUUCAGGUCCACGGGGCCCAGUGGGCACACGGAGAGCAGGCAGCCUGUCCAGAGACGACCCUUCGGGAAACACGCUUGUCCUGGAGUCUGAAAAGCCUCACUCACACUUUGAAUUUGGUCCUCUGUGUGCCAGGGAGGCUCUCGCGCCAAGUCGCUUUUCGUUCCCUGCCAGUUAAUGCCAAGGCCGGGCUGCUUCCUCCAUGGCACAGUUUCUGGGGCUGCUUUGUCACGUGAGGCCGCAGGGCAAGUCCCCUAGAGGAUCCCAUCUGGGUUGGGAUGGGCCAGGCCAAGGGGACAACAGGAUCCCCACAGAAAUAAAGCUUAUGUUUGGACAAAUGUG